CUCUGAUUGCGAGACUGCGGUUUGAAGUGUUUUGCAUACCAACUUGGGGUUCAAGGGAUUGUGUAACAGUAGUUUUACGUCAAGCUUUUAUGCUUCACUUCGUCCUCCUGUUUGUUUUCAAAUUGUUCUGAAUACAGGACUAAGUUCAUUUACGAAAUGUAUCUGAAAAGCAUUCUUUUCGUGCUUGGUAAGUCCACGGCCUAUAUUUUUAUAAUUAUUUAUUUCAGCCUUUGUCUUAAAAUACUAGCACGUAUUGCAAAGCAUGGAUCGCUUCUUCUUUACUCGGGAGGCAUGAAACUUCUCGAUUCCUCUGACUAUUCGAGUUAUCGCAUGCCCUUAUUUGAUAAACUUACUGCACAAUAGCGCGAAAGCUUUGCUGGCUGUGUACGAAAAUGUGCCUACAGAGUGGUCCAAUAUUUCCAGAUGAUGUUUACCGACGGCAGUGAAAGCGUCUUGGACAUUUAUGGUCAUAUGGCAUGCAAGCUGCUAUUUGCGAAGUUAGCUCCGCUUUAAUUUAGUUUGCUUAAACCCUUCACUACCACAGAAGAGCUUUUUCGAAUGAACUGUAGUUAAUGUCGGCAACUAGACAUAGCCCAGGGUCGAUGUCCUGUAUUUUGUUAAUAAGCUAGCAGAACAGCAAAUAUCACGAAGGUAAAACGAAAAAGCGGAAAAUAUUUCUUUGGCUGAGAAUCGAUCACAUGCACUGAUCGAAAGGUGUCAAUAAAGACUCACAUGCACUGAUCGAAAGGUGUCAAUAAAGACUCACAUAACAGAGAUGUAUGGAGGGCAGGCUCGGCGAAUGCAGAAACGGCGUUGGGUGUCGAAAGGCCAUCAAAGCCAAUAAAUGAUAAAUACUAGGAAAUCGCGAGGUCAAUGCGGUAUUGUGAGGGUAUCGUUUGAUCGUAGGGAUCUUUUGCAUAGACUAUCAAACGUUACGACACCUUAAUAGUAUUGAAAGGGACAUAGAAUAAAGAAAAGGGGGAGAGGGGUUAUUUAUUCACAAAAGUACGAUUCUCAGACAUUGAUCUGCGGUAUGAAGUUGAAUAUUUUAUUAUUGUUAUAUUCCUAGACUUUCACUCAACUAAACAGGGACAGCCAUUGGCUGAUUCUUGGUCACGUGGCCUUGACUAAAAUCAAAUGUAUCCCGAUCGUGAUACAUCAAGCAAUGUACCCCGCUCGGGAUACAUUACAUCAUGUGAUCAGAGCAUGGUGGAAAGUGGCGUGACAGAAGGCGGGAAAAACACUGCCAGUUUUCUGUUACGUGAAUGAACACAACAACAUUCACAAUAACACAAACAUGAAGCCUCAAGCUAAAAAGCAACGAUUUUCAAAGUUAUCCCAGAAGAGAAACAGCAGCUAGUGGAGGAAGAUGCAGAUAAUAUAAGGAAAGUACUUUUUAAAUCAUUCAUGCAGUGGUUUUGAGAAUUAAAUUUGUGUUCUUAUAAGUACCGAGUCGUACUGUUUUGAUUCACUCCUCUUAAGCACAUUAUUUUGUUGCUGCUGAAGUACGUUGAAGUGAAAGUCUAGAAUAUAACAAAACACUUAAUGUCAGGUCCCUCGGGAAACCAGUUUGUUUUGUUUUCCCAAGAGUCCUGAUGUUUCCCGAGACGAAGUCGAGGGAAACAUCAGGACUCGAGGAUCUCGAGAUCCCUCGGGAUCUGACAUUAAGUGUAUAAUAUUGCUCAUCAAGAUCCGGAAUAGGGAAAUAAUCUUCCAUUUAAUAUUAAGGUAAAUUGUUAAGCGUCUUUAAACACAGUUCGAAUUUUACCUCCCAUUUUCCAACCGUGCUACGUUUUGCGGGUAUUUAAUUACAGCUACUUAAAACUGCACGGACAGGAAAGAAGUCGGAAUUUACUAGGGAUUUGAGAUCACACGUGGGAAUCGAACUCGGGACUUCUCGCCCGGAAGGCAUGGCAGUAACCAGGAGCAUAUCAUCCCAGUAACCAAUUGUGCCGAUCCUUGAUUCGCCCCGUGUAAGGUAAUUCAGAUUCCGGAAUCCGAGAAUUUUGCUUUUGGAAUUCGGAAUCCCGGGCUUUGAAAUCAGAAAUCCAGCUCAAAGAAUCCAGAAUCCUGUUAAUGAUUGGAAUCCGGAAUCUAGCACCUGGAAUCGGGAAUACACGGUGGAAUUCCGAAUCCAAGACUGUCUUGGAUUCCCUUACAUGAUUCGACUCGACUCCUAUUCAAUUGGCAAUGACUUUUAACGCCAUCUUGAUCAUGAUUUACGAAUUUGUUGUUCUUGUAACAACUACUAAUUUUACAUUCAUAACGGUUUCUUUAAGCUAUCCUUUCUGGAAGUCAGGCUAAAGAUGAUGAGCUUCCUAAAAUUGGCGAUUGUACGUAUAUGGAAUAUCAUUGUGAUGCCAAUAAAUGUCAAACAGACUUUUUUAAAGGACUCCAGAAAGACCCUAAUGGAGAUUGCAGGUACAGUACAGUUCGUAACUUUGGCUUACAGCGGCUUGAAAUCCCGCCGUACUUCUUCGCAGUAACACUAACCCCCGAGAUAUUUAUCUCAGCGAGCCCGUUCAGAGAGAGAAAAAAACAUCCUCAUGCUAUUAAGCAAGAUUGUUUCGAAAAUUCAAGAGAGAAAAGGAAGUGAUUUUAAGUCUCUUACUUUUUCAGUGCAGAUCCUUGAAUUACUUAAUAAAAAUUAAUACCAACGACUUUCCCUUAUCAUUCACUAUAAAUUCAAACAUGCUGUAUUUUGCUACAUAAUGGAGUGGAGAAGUGUGGCGUCAGGUAACAUCAUAGCAAAAUUUCUGUAUCACAACAAUUCUUGGUUUGCAACCACGUGACAAGGCGGCCAUGUUGGCUCAAUACAAUAGAGAAAUUUGUUCUUGACCACUAACAUGUCCGCCGUGACGUCACGUGCAAAUCAGCAAUAAGGAGCUUAAUAUAGAGUGUUAAGUUUCCUGAGGUAGUGUCGAGGAUCCUGUUCUGUGUGUUUGAAGGCACGUCGCAGACCGGAACUGGGAAUUUUGGCUACCUGUAUAAUUAGCUAUAAUUGGAUAUUAAUUAAAACAAAAAGUGUCCAAAGCAAGAACAACUUCUUCAGCACUCAGACUGAGUUAUUCUAACCUUCAUAAAUUAAAAACAUCCCACCACCGAAAAGCAAAUUAAUCGUAUCAAAAAUGCAAAUAAACCACGCUAGCCUCAAUUCUCGACAAAAGUUUUGUUUCUUUUCAUUAUCAUUUCUAAUGGUCAUUUUUCCAUUCUGCAUCCACAGCGCCAAGUUCAAGAAACUGAUCAAUUGCGUUAUUAAGACGGUUGAAAUUUGUGUUGGAAAUGUACUACCAGAAAGUUGGAUCGAAAAUCUUGUUCACGGAAACUUCAAAGAAAAUACCACGUGUUUGAAAGGCGGGAGGGAGAUUCCAUCUUUGCUAUCGCUGGACUACCUAUGUAACAGCUCGUUCAUCCCUGCUGCAAACAACUGUUCGAGGAAUUUCCAUCAAAAAUUCGACGCAGACAAGUCGGAUCCCGAACUGUGCUCGUAAGUCGAAACAUUGAACGAAUACAGUCCAACCCCGCUUUACGGAUAUCCGCUUAAUACGGACAGUUUUCUUUGUCCCUGGGGAAAAAAAGCCCCCACAUUUUUUCUAAAUUCAACCCGCUUAAUACGGCCGGGUACCCUGUCAAUACGGACACUUUCUAUGCCUACUUCCGUAUCCUUAUGAAAGGGGUUUGACUGUAUUAUACAGCUUACUAUAAACACUCUGAUCUUCAACGCCGGCCCCAUUUGUAAUUAAUGAGAAAACUUGUCAUGGGUGGAGGGGUCACUCGCCUACACGAGCUACUCUGAGCGAGCUAACUGUUCAUACAUUUCCUUAGAAAACUUGGCGAACCGUUUACACGAGAAACAAGUUAGCUCGGCUAGGCGUGUUAUGGUCACCUUUUUUCGAUCGUAGGGUCACCCUCCUAGCCAGGCCAACUUUACGCCGCAUAAACACUUUGCCUGUCCCAACCGGGUCAACUUGGUCAAGGUGAGACAAUAGGGACUUUACAUAAGAUCCAACGACGCGGACGGCAACAAGAACGUCAAAAAAACAAUAGGUUUAAUAAGCAAAACAACAACUUUGCACGUGCAUUACACUUGUUUGCACAUUCCUUUGCCCGUUUUUGCACGACUACAACGUGAAAAUGCCUAAUUUCGCGUUUUAUGGAGUACCUAAACAAGCAACGACGAAAUUUUGUUUCUCUUUCUGUACCUGGAUAUGGUCCCUAGGAAUUCAACUCCAGGAGGGUUCGCCUACAUUUGACAAACUAAGUGGGUAGGAAAAAUUACGAUAAAGACUGAAAGAACGCAAAUUCCGUUUUUAAGCGACGUUCUCGUUGCCGUCGCGUCUUUGGAUCUUAGAGUCCCUAAUCAGAGUAUCCGAAAGCGCUGUAGGCUUGGGCAAAGGAGGUCAAAUUUUUUCCCAUAUAAGCGCUCGUUAAAGUUGACUCUCCGGAGAGAUUGUCACUUUUGAGUCUGUGGACAAACUCCUAUGGAGUGACCAUUCCAAUGAAACAUUUCUGCCUUUGCUUUUACAUGGUGCUAUUUGUUGUUCAAAAUUUUACGAAAUGAAAUUUGAAAUUUUUGUUGAAUUUUGCCCUUGGUCAUAUUUGGCAGUGAAAGGGUUAAAGGAAGGUAUAUCUCACGUAAGGAGCAAAUUGCCUCCCCUUCCCAACCUUCGAAAGAUCCGUCAUUGCAACCCCAGCAAUUAUCUUUUGUCUUUGUUCUCCAGUGAAAAUGCAGACGCAAAGAAGUGUCUGAAGAAUGUCACAGAAACUGCCUGUACCUUUGAUCCUAAAACCAAGCCAGCGCUAGAUUUACAGUUGGGAUUCAGUGAUUACAAUCCUUUCUGCGACAACAAUCGUGAUCCUGGGGCGACCGGAAAAGACCAAUGCGAUGAAGUGAAGGACCUCAACAAUCCCCUGAACAACAGUCCUGAAUCCGCUGGAAUGAGAAUUGGGGUUCUGCAGGCUCUAUUGAUCCCUUUUCUCUUGCUGUUUUUCUUUGUUUAGAUCUUAAGUAGCGAGGCAAUGUUUGAAUGUUGGGCUCUAAUGUACGUGCUGCAAUCCGAUUUUACAAGUAAAUGAAACAGUCGUCAAAAAAGGAAAAUAUGAGCAUUGUAAAUCUAGUUAAAGGAAGAAAGUAAAGUUAAGGGCAACAAAAAUACCAAUAAAAACGAAGUAGGUAAGUCAUUUUAGUUAAUGAUGAAGUCAAUUGAAAUGAAAAUAACUUCACCAAGGGACACGCUGCGAGCACAGUUUUUUUCAUUUUACGUCUCUGGGAAGCUGCCCACCUACCCCU